AUGGACAACACGCCGCUCCACCCAGACAUCACGACCCUCCCGCCCGACACAGGCCAGCGCCACGGCGACUUCCUCACCGCGAUGCCCUACAACCGCUCAAUGUACCGCACCACCCUCCUCCUCCGCCUCGCCUCCAUGCUCGACGCCGUCAUCAUCCUCGCAGCCCUGGCCGGGCAAAAGGUAGAUGAUGGGUACUACAUUGGCAACUGGGCUUUCGGGUGUCCUACGGCGGCUAUGGCGUGGCUAUGGAGUGCGGGUGAUAUAGGGGCGAUGCUGGUGCGCGAUCGAGGGUUCAGAUGGACGAAGAAUGACCCGACGAAGUUGCCGCGGAGUACAAAGUUCAGUUGGGGAAAACCUGGCGGGCAUGUGGCUGCGCAUUUGCUGAUCUGGACGCCGACGGCGGCGUUUAUGGCGAUUGUGAUUUCGAAUUGGCUGUUGUAUCAGAAUGGUGGUGGGUUUGGUGCUGAUGUUGAUCCGCGGCAAACGAAUACCAUGGCGGCGGUGAUUUUCUUUAUGUUUAUUCUGACUAUGAUCCACUUCUCACUCUUUAUCUUUGCCAUUGUCGAGGUAGACAAUGAGCGACGGCACUACUCAGAUGUCGUCUUCGUCCCGAGGGGCGAGCUAUGUGAGAUGGUACCCGUGCCGCCAUCGACACCGUGGGAACUCUUCUCGCCGCGGAAGUUGCUUCUAUCCUAUUUUGCGAACCACUACGUUCGCUUCGUGCCCGGGGCGGAUGGCACGGUGACGGUUGCUCGCGACUAUAGCAGUCGACAGGCGAGGUUCUGA